CCACGCCGCAGCACCAUGCACAACGCAGAGAAAUAAAAGCAGCAUGGCAAGGUGGCUGCGCCGUGUGCGUGAUGAUGUUGAGAGUGACGACACCACAGUCUCAUAGCACAGAUCACCGAGGCAGAUAGAGAUCGAAUUGAAGCCACGACUGGUUGAGGCAUCAAGGACCAGCCAUAACGCCAGUGCUCGCCGAGACUGUGCUUUCUAAACCGGGCGAAGAGAUGCUUCAGUUCGGCGGCAGGGUGUGCGGUUUCUCCGCUCUCGUCUCCUUGGUUUUGUUGGGGUCUGCGGCUGCAUUUUCCGAUUUGUUUGACAACCAACUAGGAGACAUCAAUUACUGCAAAAAGCAAUGCCAGAUAACCAUCAAAAACAAAAGCCCCACAAAAGAUUCCAUCAUGAAUGCCUGUCAUCGUGGGUGCCGCCUCUACUCGAUAUGCCAGUUUGUGAAUGGAAACGCCGGCUUCAACACCAGCAAAGAGGAGUGCCAGGGAGCUUGUCAGGAGGCCUAUAGCCGGCUGCUUGAACAGGAGGCGUGCUGCACAGGGUGUGUGAGCCAGCCCGCUGAACCUGAGAUCAAGAGGAGGAAGCUGAAGGCCAUGGCUCAUCGACCUAAGCCUGUAUCAGUGAUGGAUGCUGUAUCCAGCUGGUGCAAUGACAUUAUCAGCUCCGCCCAGAGCUUCAUCUCCUCCACCUGGACUUUCUACCUGCAGGCUGAUGAUGGAAAGGUGGUGGUGUUCCAGAGCCAGCCUGAGAUCGAGUACUCCCUGCCCGAGCUCCAAGCGCCCCGCUCCAACGUGGCAGACAAGCCCUGGCCCUCCAUCAACACCCACACCCAGCGGCCACACGCAGGUGCGAGGUCUCACGGGGAGAAGGGUGCGGCAAAGGCUGCGGCCAAGGGGAAGCACGCCGCCCCGCAUGCCGAGGACCCUGCAGCGGAGCACGACUUCCUGGGCUGCAUGUCCAGGCGCUCUGGACUGCCCCGCUGGAUCCUGGCCGCGUGUCUCUUCCUGUCGGUGAUGGUCAUGCUGUGGCUGAGCUGCGCCAGUCUCGUCACUGCGCCCGAGCAUCACAUCAAGAACCAGCUCAGCAUCAAUGGAGACAAGGAGUUUCUGGAUGAUGUGCAGAAAGUCAAUCCCUAUCAUCUUACACCUGUGAUCGCCGUGGCCAUCGGCCAACCAGACGAGAGCCAGGAGGCGGGGCCGCUGCCAGUCAAGGUUGACCUGAAUAAGACAUCCAUUUAGAAAAGCCUGAUGUGAUUGGUCCUGUGGUGUCUAUGGUAACUAUUUCUAUUGCUCUCAGUGAGGGGAACAAGGGGGAAUCAGUCCAGAUUUUAUAAAAACCAAACAUGCAUGGCACCACUUAUUCACAACAGUUAUGUCUGUAUGCUAGUUUCUCUGUAACAUCUACAACACAAGAACAGUGUGGGCCCUACGUGCUUGUCCACAUAUGCAAAUGUUUCCUUACGUAACGCAGACUUCUUUUUAGUAAUCUGAGUUUAAACAGACAGUGGGUGGUAAAAUGUUCCUUAGAAUAAGAUGACUCGUUUGUGAACGAGAACCACAGAGUCACACAGGGACCUAAAUUUCUACUGUCAUCAAAAGAGUCAUUACACAUUACACUAGACGUUACAAAGCUCCUUCAGCUGUGUCAGUUUCUAUCACAGGAGUGUGUCCCUUGCUCUUAUGUAUUGAUCAGAUGUUCUAUGGGUAACAUCACUGGUGCUUAUAGGCUAAGAACUGCUUUCAUUGAACUUCUUUAUGAUCGUCAAAAUCUACUACUAAACAGAAGUAAACGAGUAUCUGUCUCCACUCCUCAAUACACCGUGCCCCCCUCGCCCCCGCCCAAUACAGGGGUAACUUAACUUAAGGCUUCUGCUCAAAGAUGCAAAGGAUUUCUGUGUGGUCUUCCUAAACACAGAGAUGCAACACGAAUGUAAAUAUUUCAAGUCCUUGCUAGCUCUUUGACACUUUCAUUUAGAAUGCUACUUGAGAUCAUUUUGAAAGCUAGUCAUUUGUUUGUAAUGCCCAAGUAUAACUACGUAGAUAAGGCAAUAAUACAUAUUCAGUAGUGUUUAAAGCAGGACGUUUAUUUUCUUGGCAGACCACUAGCUCUGAUGAUUGUGACGCGAUGCCAGAUAUGAGAUGGCACCAUGAACCUUUCCACUGGGUUUUAGUGAGGGAUGCUGUUUCGCUGUUGCUUGUAUUUCAAGAGAUGGAAAUACUGCAGUUUGUUAUCACGCAGUCUAAAUACAGAGUAACGAAAAUGUGUGAGACCCAUUUCAAAUAACACUGUAUGUACGUAUGGAUUUAUUUAUAUGCAUAUUUAUUCAGAAACUAUAAUCCUCUUUUCCUGGUUUUGUAGUUCCAUUUCAUCGCAAUUGUAGAUCGCUAAUGCAUCAGUUUGGCUUUAGUGUACUCGAUAUGUGUACCACAGGUGAAUAACAGUAUGUUUGCUGUGCAAGAUAUACUGUCCGAAUCCAAGUAUCUUAAGGACAGCUACAGUACAGCUCUCAUGUGAUAAAGACCUCAAAAUGAAAGGUGUAACUUUAAAAGUGUGUUAAGUGGAUAACAAAUGGAUAUUGUUGUUUUAUCCAUGUUUUUUGGAGAGCUGACCACUCUUCAGACUUGUAUUCCUAACAAAGUACUUAUAUGUAGAAAAUCGCUUUUAAGAUAGAUCUUUUUGUAACCCCGGCUAUGAAACCGAUUCCUGAAGAAUAACCUUCUUUUCCAUUGUUACUCCUGGCACUGUUCGGUCACGCUGUUUUAGCCACGUUGCAUGUUAGUAUGCUACGAGAUUUUAAAUCUGCAGCUCGUGUCCCAGUGGCAGAAAGACUACUGUGCGCUUGUGCUUUUAUUUUGUGUUUUUGACGCCAUGCAAAUGUGAAGUAUAGGUCAUGUGAUAAGCAGCAGCCAUCAGGAGAGGUGAGGAUAGGUUAUAUUUGUCCUGAAGCCAUUCAGUGCUGAUGUGAACCACAAUAUACAGUCAGACUGCAGGAGACUCCCUGCAAAGUGUUUAAGACCCAUCCCUUUUUUUCGUUUCUCCAUUGAAAUGGUUUUCUGAUGAAAUGGUCCGCAAUACACAACAAAUAAAAGUGUUUUCAUGUUGUACUUAAA